AUGCUCACAUCUGCUGUCUUGCUUUUGGCCGCAGGCCACCUCGCCGCGGCUGUGCCUGCUGCCUCCUCAUCCUAUGCUUCUCGUCCUCCGGUUUCGACUGUUGAGCCUUCCACGGCUGCAAUCCAGUCCGCCGAGGCCACAGUGAAGCCUCUGUCUCCAAAGAGCAAUGUCAAGGGCCUUGCAUUUGACCGGUUCUACCAGGUCUGGCUCGAGAACACUGACUACUCGGCUUCGGCUGGUGACGUCAACAUGGAAUGGCUUGCCUCGCAAGGUAUCACUUUGACCAACUACUAUGCGGUCACACAUCCUUCGGAGCCAAACUACUGCGCUGCAGCGGGCGGCGACCACUUCGGGAUGGACAAUGACGACUUCCUCAGGGUCCCAGAAAACAUUGCCACUGUUGUCGACUUGCUCGACACCAAGCACAUCUCAUGGGGCGAAUACCAAGAGGAUCUCCCGUAUGCCGGAUUCCAGGGCUUCAACUACUCGAACCAGAAGACCUUUGCGAAUGACUACGUGCGCAAGCACAACCCUCUGAUCCUCUAUGAUUCCAUCACCAACAACGACACCCGCAUCAGACAGAUCAAGAGUUUCGUCGACUUCCAAAACGACAUCAAGAACAAGGCUCUUCCGCAGUGGUCGUUCAUAACACCCAACAUGACCUCUGACGCUCAUGAUACCAACAUCACCUACUCCGCCAACUGGCUGCGUAACUACUUUGAGCCUCUUCUCAAAAACGAGUACUUCAUGAACAACAGCCUUAUCCUGUUGACUUUCGACGAGAACGAGACCUACGGCAUUGCCAACAAGGUCUUCUCGAUCCUUAUUGGAGGUGCCAUCCCCGCUCACUUGAAGGGUACCACCGACAGCACCUUCUACAACCAUUACUCCACCAUCGCCUCGGUCUCUCAGAACUGGGGUCUGCCAUCCCUCGGCCGAUGGGACUGCCACGCCAACGUCUUCGAGCUGGUCGCCAACAAGACCGGCUACAAGAAUGCCAAGCUGAACAACAACGACUUGGGCCUGUACUUCAACGAGUCGUACCCCGGCCCAUUGUCGGAUGAUAAGUAUGUCUCCACCUGGCCAGUGCCUACCAACGCCUCCACCUGUGCGAACGGAAAGGGUGUCUUGCCGGCCGUCGUCAAGCAGAUCAAGGGACAGGCCGCCACCUACAACUACACCAACCCAUACCCCUAUGAUGCGUUGACCGGAAACAACGUGCAAGGCCCGCCAGCUUAG